AUGGAUGUUGAAAAGGUUGUUUAUUUAACUGAAGACGUCAAGAAUAAAAUAAAAAAUAUUGAUUUAAUUUCAGAAUGUAAUCCAGAUAAUUUUUAUCUAUUAAUUGGAAUAAUUAUAAAUGAAGAUAAUUAUAAAGACUGUGUUAUUAUAACAGAUAUAUUUCAUCAUUCUUCUAAUAUUUGGAAUGGAAAUAUAAAUGAUUUGAUAAAAGAUAUAAAUAUAUCACUUCCAAUAGGUUUUAAUAUUGUUGGCAUUAUAAACUAUAAUGAAAAUGUGACAUAUUGGAUUGAAGAUUUAAUAAAUAACAAUAUGAAAUGUUUAUAUGAAAUUAAGGUUAAUCCUUUAAAAUUAAUGAUGAUUCCAAAAUAUUCAAAAUUAGAUUUAAUGGAUUCUGUAAUGACAUAUGAAUUAUUACAAAAUAGAAUGAAGAUCGAAUUAAAUUUAUUAAAUACUAUAAUAUGUAAUAAACAUAUAUUAUCAAAAUUUGGAUAUUUUAUUGCUUCUGAAAUAAAUUUUUCAUUUGUUAUAACAAAAUCAGAAGAUAUAGAAAUAAUUAAAAAGAUAAAGAAGAUAAUGAAUAUAAUUGAAUAUAAUUCUAUAUUUAUAACAAGAAAUUUAAUAAAUAAUGAAUAUGUUAUGAAUUUUUUUGUUUCAAAAGGAAAUAAUAUAUUAAAAACUGAGAAUAAGAUAACUUUUCAAGAACAAUAUAAAAAUGGAAAUAAUAUAUAUGAUAAAGAUAAUUUCAAUAUACCAUAUUAUAUACCAAUGUACUUUUUUUUUGGAGAUGAUUUUAAUGAAAAUAAUAUAAAUGAAUUAGUUAGUUCAUAUAAUGAAGAAGAUAAUAUAAUUAAAGAUAAUGAGACUUAUAGUAGAUUAAAAUUUCAUUUUGUAGGAUGUACAUUUAAUUUUAAUAAUAAAGAUAAUUGGCAAGAAAAUUUACGUCAAUCAUUUCUUAAUCAGUGUGAACAUUUUAUUUUAAGAUUAAAAAAUAGGACAGAUUUAUAUAAUAAGAUAAUUUUAAGCUGUAAUUUGAAUUAUGAAAGUUAUAUUUUUAAAAUUAAAGAAUUGGUAAUUCCUAUUAUUUUAGCAAAUACUGGUUCAAUAUUUUUAAAUGAAGAUAAUGAAAAGAUAUUUAAUAAUGAUAAUAUUAGAAAGGAAAUAAGAAAAUUAUGGUUAGAAAUAUUUAAUAUAAAUUAUAGACCACUUAUUUCAAAGGAAUUUGCAUUGAAAUUAUCAGUUUCAGAUCUUUAUAAAAAUGAUGGGAAAUUAAUUUCACCACAUAAUAAUAUUCUUUUAAAAAGUACGAAGACUAUAGGAAAGAAGAAUUUAGAUUUUGCAAUUUCUAAAGAAAUACUAGAUAAUAAGAUUUAUAAAAUUGAAGGAGAUUAUUGGUACUUUCAUUAUUUUCAAGAUAAUAUAGAUGAUAUUGGAUGGGGUUGUACUUAUCGUUCCUUACAAACGGUAUUAAGCUGGUAUUUACUUAAUAAUUACAGUAUAAAACCAAUACUUAAUCAUUGUGAAAUGCAGAAAAUAUUAAAAUAUCACGAUAAUACCCAUGAAGGAUUGGAAAUAGGUUCAAAUACAUGGAUAGGAACAAUUGAAGCUUCAUAUAUAUUAAGUAUUUAUUUAGGAAUUCGUUGUAAAAUAAUAUAUUUCCAUAAUAUAGAUGAAUUUAUUCAAAAAUAUGAUAUAUUAAUAAAUCACUUUGAAAUUGUUAGUUCACCAAUUAUUAUUAGUAUUAGAAAUUAUUCUUAUAUAUUAGUUGGUAUACGCACUUUUCAGAAUAUUCAGAAUAAUGUGGAAUAUCUUAUUUUAGAUCCCCAUUAUAAAGGAGAUGAUAAUAUAGAUAUUAUAAUAAGACGAGGUUGGGUUGGAUGGAAAACACCUAAUUUUUUUAAAUCUAACUCAAAAGAUAAGUUUGUAAAUAUACUUCUACCUACUAAUAUUGCUGAAUUUGACUCUGAUAUUAUUUACUAA